GGAACGACUCCCGCCCGUCCAUAGAGUGACCGGGCAGUACUCGACGGUGCGGUGAGCACGGCACCAAGAUCAACGGCGCCCACAACCACCGACUCCAGGGUAGUGUAAUGGACUGAAGGUGCAACGGCAGGCGACCCGUCCGCAUAUCCACCGCCUGAACAGAUCGGGCCGUGGUCUGCCAGGACAAUAUCGGAACGACGGCGACGGCGACAACGUGGCGGCGGCGGCGGCCACCCCAAACCGCCCAACACAUCACCAUUUGCGCAAUUCAUGGCCUCCACGGCACCGCUGGCCGAGUCAACUAAUUAGACUACCCAAGGUACCUUAGUGACCGCACAAGUCCAGUCUGUCUGUCACUUGCCCACAUGCCUCCGUCGACACCCAGCUUUGCACCCCCUUCCGUCAACCACGUUCGCCAUCCACAUCGUCGGGGACUGCCACAAUGGAUACAGCACAACCCCCCGGGGCCAGGGACGACGCCGUCCUCGAAAGGGUGGACAAUAACCCCCAACUGGACUUCGUCACCAUGGGCAUGUUCCUGAUCGAUGAAAUAGAAUUCAAACUACCGACACCCCCCGUGCGAGAUAUACUCGGCGGCGCCGGAUCCUACUCGGCUCUGGGAGCGAGGCUCUUCUCACCGCCGCCACUGUCAUACUCCGUCGGAUGGAUCGUGGACCAGGGCUCCGAUUUCCCCCCAGCCAUGUCCACCCUGAUUGACAGCUGGGCCACCGCUGCCAUCAUCCGGAAGGACCCAGACCGCCUCACCACCCGCGGCUGGAAUGGGUACCAAGGCCCAGCCGACAGGCGAGCCUUUAGAUACACGACACCGAAAAAGCGCAUUACAGCACACGACCUCACACCGGCUCUCCUGCUUUCUCGCUCCUUUCACCUCAUUUGCUCGCCCACUCGUUGUCAAGAGCUUGUCGCCGAAAUCACUGCCCGCCGCAAAGAACUCACUGGCCGCGAUACCUCGUACACAAAGCCGAUAUUCGUCUGGGAGCCGGUCCCCGACCUGUGCACCCCUGAAGAGCUCCUCAACUGCACGAAUACCCUGCCCCACGUCGACAUCUGUAGCCCCAACCAUGCCGAGCUCGCCGGUUUCAUGGGUGACGACGGCAUUGACCCGGAGACGGGCCAGAUCUCAGCAUCGGCCGUAGAGCGUGCCUGUGAGCAGCUGUUGGCCAGCAUGCCCCUUCAGUCGUACGCUCUCGUCGUACGCGCCGGGGACAAGGGCUGCUACGUCGCAAAGAACGGAGGCCGCAGAAGCACGUGUCAACCCCGGCCACGAAAGAAUCAUGCCCAUGGCGGACUUCGGCCCGAUACCGACAUGGAAGCCCUCUUCGCCGGUCUCCUCCAAGAUGAGGACGGCUCCAUCGCACGCGACGAGGUUGAAGUUGUUGCCGGCACCGAGUACUGGAUCCCGCCUUACCACCGCAACCCAGCAAGCGUCGUCGACCCGACCGGUGGGGGCAACACCUUCCUCGGCGGCCUCGCUGUUGCUUUGGCUCGUGGUCACACACUUAUGGAGGCGGCAGCAUGGGGUUCCGUGGCUGCCAGCUUUGCAAUAGAGCAGGUGGGCAUGCCCGUUCUGGCGGCUAACCCAGACGGAUCUGAGACGUGGAAUGGGGAUAGCGUGUGCCGGCGGCUUCAGCAUUUCAAGUCUUCAUCACAUGUAGUAGCUCUGGAUGGUGAUAUCCCAUAGGCCAGCUCCUGAGCAGGCAAUGCUCACACAGCUGUCUGAUUUAUUCAAUUCCUCAGACCUGGUCCGUAAAAUUACUGGAUGGCCUAUCACAUGAGACGACUCCCUGCCAAGGAAGCAUCGCCAAGAGCUUCCCUUCCCUCUUUCGAGUGCCAGCCGGCCGCAGAUAACUGCCCUCUGCCCGGGGAAGCCGAACUACUGGGCUCGUCUUAGAUACGGACGACGAUCGUCGACCGCUGCAAAAAAUCAAGAUCGUGACGCCAUGUUCUUCAUAUCUUAUACACCAAAUCACCAUCCGCAAACCUGUGCAGGUCGGUCAGCUCUCGAACGCAUCCGAAAAAAAGGACAUGUCACUCGACG